AUGACGGCGAUUCCGGACAGCCCAACAACCGGGAUCGCCGCCCGGAGUCAACGAUUCGCCCGGGGCGUCAUUCAAACAGCCCGGCUCGGCCGCCGAAACGCCCUCGAGGUACCAGAACCGGUACGGAGGGAUCGAGGACCGGUCCUCCCCAAUCAAAAAAUCGCCCAGUUCGACCGUCCCGACAUACCAGCACCAGUGCAGACGAAUCAACCGGGCAGGCUUCCGCCUCGGACGGCCAAUUGCAAUCUGCGAGUUCACGCCCGACCACCGUCGAUCCCUUCGAGACCAACGAUGGCUAUGAACGCCGAGUUGAAACCAACACUUUUGAGCCGGCCGGUCAUGCGCCGUCACUGGGAAAUGGUCCGGUUGGAACUGGAAGAUUAG